AUGGAGGGAGGUGGAAGACCGCACCGAGGCCGUGGCAGCGGCGGUAGAAGAGGAGGAGGAGGUGGUGGAAGUGACUCUGGCUUCUCGGGUGAACACAGAGGUGGUCGUGGGAGAGGUAGUCACCACCGUGGAAGGGGCAAAAGGGAUCAUUAUCGGGGAAGAGGACGCGGCACUCUUGCAGCGGACUUCAGCAACCGGGGCCACGAUGUCAACGAUAAUGCAGAUUUUGAGGACGAGGGGCGCAGUGCUGUAUUCUCCAGGAGAAAACUGGAAUCAAACUGGGACCGCUAUGAGGCGUCCGAGCUAGAGGAACAGAAGGAUGACGUGCCUGUGCAGAGGGGAACGGACUACCAUGCGCUCCUGGGCUCAGCGGGGGACUCGUUCUCACAGUUCCGAUUCUCUGAGGAGAAAGACUGGGAGGUGGACUCACUGGCUGCACAUCAGAUGGCGGGUGUGUUUGUGGACCUGGCGCUGCUGGCCCAGUCUCUGCAGGAGCUGCCCCUCCACCAGCGGCUCAGUCUGGAGCCCGAGCUGGUCCAGGCGGCCACACCAGCAGAACUGCCCUCUGUAACCAUGGUGAGCAAACCAGACACCAACAAGCUAGGCGGAGGGGGUUUUAAGGCCGCUGCUCCCCUGACCAAAGGCCUGGUGUCCAGCACGGGCAUUUCCAGCCCGGUGAAGAAGACACCCGUCAGCACCGAAGCCCCGAGUAAACUGGAGAGUGGUACGGAAGAGGCAGAUGAAGAGCUGGACCUACUCCUGGGCUUGCGGAAACCUGUAGCUGAGCUCUCUCUCUCUGAGUCGCAACCCAACAAUACCGCAGUAGAGGUUACUCCAGUCUGUGAACAAAAAGCAGGUGAAGAGAAGAAAACCGCGGAGGCUGUGAACAGGCCACAAGAAGAGGAAACCGCACCCCAACCAGUGCCUGUGAAACAGGAAGUGAGUGAGGAGGACCUGGAGGACUGGCUGGACAGCAUGAUCUCCUGACCUCAGAGAACCUUAAGCACAGAGUUCCACUGGGUCUUCGACAGACACAAUGGUUAGAACCUGACGCAGAACCGGCUGCGCAGCAAAGGAAGCCGCUUGCACAUACAGCUCAGACCGUUCCACCGAACGACCCGUGCCUAACCAAUCAGUUCAGCCUCUGUCAAAGUAGUCUGUUUAACACCAGGGUUUACUGACCGUGUUAAAACAAGCAGAGGAAUUGUAAUUUUUGUUUCCUGCAAAGGUCUUAGACUUAACACGUAAGAUGCAAGUUGCAAGGUCCAAGCCUUGAGUAUUGACUCUUUUAUGGAUGCGCGUCCUUGUUUACUUUGUGGGGCAUAACUCAGUCCAGUAGGUGCGGUGCCCUUGGGUGACUUUGGGACUUCAAGCCUGUGGAUGAAUGGGACUUUGGGACUUCAUGCCUGUGGGAUUGAUGUGCUCAGAGACAUGACUGACAAAUGUGAUUUAUUGCAUCGGUUGCUUUAUUCUUUUUCCCCCCUCCCCAAAAAGAAAUGGCGAUCACCAAAGCUACUACAUACAUACAAAUGGCCAUACAAUAGCAGUUUACAUGUUUUUGUUGUUAUUCAAUAAACUCAUAGUUUGUUCAUUAUUCUUUUUUUUUUUUUCAGCAGUGAAUUUAUCUGAAUGCCGUAAUCGUGAUCAUGUGCAGGUGGCUGAGAAAGCCCCUUGCAGUAGCC